AUGGACUGGGACGCCGUCCUCGACGGCGGGUUGAAGAGGGCCCAUGAAGACGGUGAAUGGCCGCUGCGGGGGCUUGGGCUUCUUCUCCGCCAAGGAGUCAGUGGCCCUUGUUUUGUUUCAGACUCCGUGGUACGAACGCCAGCCGCCUCUCAGCCUGCUUUCUUCUGGAAGAUCCAGCUGCAACCUGCCAGAGAUUCUGGUCCAAUCUCUGCAAGUAUUGAAGGCUAGUGGUACAGAGGACUUCUAA